UCCCCCCUUCUUUCCACACGCCUGAUCGAGUUUGUUUCCGGCGGUAGGCUGGGUGCUGCCCUUGCCACGCUCACUCCUCCAACACUCUCCAUCCUCGCGCGCCCUCCCACCAGAGAAAUCUUUUUGGUUCUCUGUCUACUCUCUUCACUCGCGAGAGCAAAAUAGGUACGCACUUUAUUUUCCUGCGCUUGUCCCAUCCCCCUUCCCCCCAUACCGUCCAUACGUACGUACAUACCGGUACACAUCGAAUCACUACUCCUCACAAGCUCCGAUCCUUCCAACCCCUUCCCCCCAUCCCAUCAUCCCAUUCCUUUUCCCAUCCCAUCCCCACGUAUUUGCAUCCGACGCUUCACAUCCAUCCAUCCGUCCCUUCACUGCCCUACCUGCCUACACUCACUCACCUCACCUCCCUCCCCUCUCCCUCCCCUCCCAUCCACCCACCCCCUCCGUACAAACCCCCCCCCCCCCCCUCCCCCAGUUGCCUCAAGCAUGCUACCUAUCUCCGUCUGUGCAAGCCGUUCCGUGUGGCUAACUUUUGAGCCUCUUGAUCCUCACUCAAGCUUCCCCCCCUCCUUGGGCAUAGAAACAGCUGUGGUAGCUUGUAGCUGUAGCUGUGGUAGCUGUAGUAACUAACAACUCACUGCGGAUUAUAAUUUUUUCCAAUUCCCCUGACCCUCAUUUUUCCAUUUUUAUUGUUACCCAUUUUUCAUUCCAACCCCCCCUUACUCGUUUGGCACGCCGGAGACAACAUCUGGACGAUCUGACACACACACCACUACCACUCACUCGUCUCCGCUAUUAAGCAAGCUUCGUUCGUACGCACUUGCCGGGACCUGUUUGUUCUUGGUCAGUACUCUAAUCUUCUCCUAAAACUUGUCUUCUUGCUUCCUAUUUACUCGACUGCCCACUUUCCCCUUGUCUUGUGCCACCAUAUUCUGCUCUUUGUUCGCUGCGUGUUUGUGCGUGCACGCGUCUGAGUUGCUGGCUAGAGCCUAAAAUUCAUCAUUUUUUAUGCAUCCUUCCAUCUACUUCUCUUCGCCGCAAUAUCUUCUGCAAAGUUCCGUGUGCCUUAUGUCUGCUGCUCCGCAUAUUGUUGAGCAAAUCGUGGCCCACGUCGAGAUAGAUCUAGAGUGCGCGCAGUGGUGGCGAUGAUGGGUGCCAUACUGUUUGUGUGCAGACUGGUCUUGGCUAACGCGUGCUUCCUUGCAGGAGUCGAUGUCAGUGCCUUCUGCGCCUGGUUGGUUGCAAGACGCCCCGGCUGUUCAGAACUCUGCGUUCGCUGGCCCUGAAGCCUCUUCUGUGACGGCGAUGCAUUCUUCUUUCGAUCCUGGUGCGGCUGUGAUAACCCCGUCGACCAUAGAUCCCCAUCAGUUUCAGCAGCAGGCCCAUCAGCGCGCCCAAAUCCAGAAUGGCAAUUCGCGAACCUCUUCUCCGGGAUUUCAGCAGCCAGCGUAUAAUGUUAAUCCUGUAGUUCCAUUAAAACGACCGAGACCCCGCGAAGACCCUAUUACUGUAUCUCCCCGCCAAACCACCGCAAAUCCCCCUACUUCGCGAUCGCAGACUCCUCACGCUUCCAAUCCCCAGUUGGCCUAUCAGGUUUAUCAAAACAAUGCGGGCGCCGCGCAGCAGCGACAAUACACCCCCGUUGGCUACUCGUCUCACUCGCAUCUCCAACAUGUAGGGUCUGCGAACGCGAGCCCUUCCCCCGUAAUGCAAAAUCAAACCUACAACCAACCUCCACCCAAACGCGUCGCAACCCAAUCCCCAUCUCCUUUUUCACCCGCACCACCACAACAAUCAUUCAUGCCUCAAGGCUCUCCACCGCCAAACCAAGUCUCGCGUGUAAGCACACCUCAAAAUAGCAAUAUGAAUCUAGCGCCACCCCCUCAGACCCCAUAUUCUCAGUCAUUUACACAAGCGUUCUCCUCGCCUUCCACUGCUGCAUCCGCCCCGCCUGCUCCCGUCCCGAGCCAGCAGAUGCAAAACCCGACACAAGCACAAAUGAUGUACAUUCGCCAGCAUCAACAACAGCAACUCCAGCAACAUUCACAGCAACAGAGGAUUAUGCAACUGCAGCAGCACCAACAGCAGUCGCAGAAUUCCGGCCCCCAGCAAUCUCCGACAGGCAUGCCUCCUCAUAUGGGACCAAAUUCUAUGAACCCUGGUCAGAUUCCACGACCCCAAGGGCAACAUCCCCUUCAGGGCUCUGGGCCAAGUCCAACUCAGCCGCAUAAUGACCCCAAUCAAUUCAUGAGGAGCCUAUCCAAUUUUAUGAACAAGAACGGCACACCCAUCCAAGGCCAGUCGUACAUUGGCGGGAGGGCAGUAAGCUUGGUAAAUCUCUACGCGAACGUUUUGAAGCUGGGGGGUUCACAAAAGGUCACGAUGGAGAAUAAGUGGCACGCGGUAUCGAUGAGUCUUGGCUUCUCUCCCGAGUCGUUUCCCACAGCCGCCGAUGAUCUAGUCCAAAUUUUCAAGUUGAAUCUAGCUGCCUAUGAGCAGGCCUGGCUGCGAAGUCAGAGGGAUUCGAAAAAGGUGGCCAUAGCAAGAGGUCAGCAGUCUGCGCCGGAUAUGAGGCAGCAAAUGCAUCCUCAGCAGCCACAGCAGCAAACAAAACCGAUGCCGAAUUCCCAACAAAUGCAACAUACAAGGCCUCAGGGGAUCCCCAAACAGCCUCAAACACCUGUGCCGAAUAAUCACGCGAGGUCAAAUCUUCACAACGGGUUUGUUCCCCAGCCUAGACAGUCUUCAAGACAAGCUCCCCAAUACAGCCAACUCCCUAGUACUCCGAACCGUAUUUCUUUGGAUUCAACACCACUGCAAGGCCACAUUCCGCCAAACUAUCCUUUAUCUGGCGCUCAAAUCCCCGUGAAGCCUGGCGUUCUGCCUGAUGCAAUUCCUUUCCCUGCUACGCAACCACCGAAUAAUGCCCUGAAAGAGAUUCCAUCUGAUUUCAAACCCAAGGUUCGAGGAUUGGAUACCCACGGAGGGCUGAAUGUCUCUGUUUUGAGCCAGAUCGGAGGUGACUUCAUGUUUCACAAGCCUACGACUCCGACAUUCCAGGAAUUGGGGGUGAUAGAUGUUCACGCUUUGACGAUGAUGCUCAAGUGCGGUAUUUCCGCUGAGGUACGACUUGCUUUGGACACAUUGGCUACCGUCUCCGUGGAAUCCAGAUGGUCUCUUGCAUUGGAGAGUUGCGAGGAUUUGAUCGAGACGUUAGUAGAUGUUGCUGAGUCUCAGGUUGAGAUCUUGGGGGAGCAUGCUGAGGAGAGCUCGGAAGCAAUUGCUGUUCCAGCUUACGAGGAUAUCGUGAGGGCCUGUAAAGCGGAGACCGUGAGACUCAUUGAUGUUGCGCGGUUCGGGUCCCUUGAGCAUGAACUGGAAAAGGUGGCUGAUAAACUUAUAUGCAUAACUACGAUCUUCCGGAAUCUCUCGUUUUUUGAGUCGAAUCACAAGGCGCUGGCGGAUCCGAAUGUGGUUAGAUUUUUGUCGGGCGUUAUCGAAAGGCUGGGUACCAGUAAGCUAUUGUUGAGGACUAAUACCAACACCUUGGAUUUCAUGAAGGACAUCAUCAUAUUUCUAUCGAACCUUUCGCACUCAAUCACAUUGCCAAGUGAAGAUGAGGCUCUUAAUCUGUUGCACUUGAUAUUGGCCUUCGCCCCUCAACCCCUACCGGCUGCGUCGGGGCGAGAUUCCUUGAUGUUUACUUCCUACUCUCCUUCGAUCCAUCGCUAUCUGCCCCCCGCAGUCGAUAGCUUGGCCAAGUUGCUUGCUCGGGAUGAGCCGAAUCGCGCCUUUUAUCGUACAAUAUUCCUUUCUGAGUCCUCGACAGCGCCUGCCUACGAUCUUCUCACUCGGUCAUUUGCCCUGGCAAUAUCUCCAAUUCCUGAUAACAUGAAGGUCGCGCUUCCCCAGGCUGUAGAGGCGCGGAAACCCUUCUUAGAACAGGGAAUGCUUGCUGCUGAGAUUCUUGCCGGAAUUGCGCCUGGUCCCGAUCAAGGUGUAGCUCGUUCCUGGCUGUCCUCCGAAGACGGAUUUGCGCUCAGCUUACUGCGACUUGUCUGCUUGUUAAGUCCUCAAGUGACUCCAAUGCACCCCCGCCAGUCGGGCCAAACUGGAAAGAUGCCUAAUCUCGAUGAUUCGCAACCCUUCGCUAGAAUCACGCACCGGGGUAUGGGGGUCUUGCAAAAACUGGCGGAAAAGUCUGGAGAUGCAGCUGGCGAUCAUUCGAAAAUACCUCUUGGAGUUUUACCGAAGAAGGAGAGUCUUUUGGGAGCGUUGUUGACGGUUCAGAUAGAUGGAGUUAUUGUCAAAAAGCUUUGUACUUAUGCCGGGUUAAAUGGUUGAAGGCUAAAUGUCUGCGAUAUACCAGUCGUUUGGUGCUGUUGGAUGUAGGUUCGCGUUUGUACAAAGGCUGGGUCCGCAUCUCUUUUCUUCUUUCGUUGUUGAAAUUCCCAUUACCACUUUGCUAUUACUUUUUACCUGUAUUUUAUCCUCAGUGAACUUUGGCGUCCCCUUUUGCUUGGUUGUUCAGCGGUUUUCUGGGAGGUCUCUCAUGCUCCUUUUUGUUCUAUUUUGUACACUUACAAGCUGGUCGAGUCCCUCUUUCACCAUAAAGAAACGAACGCCAAAUAAUACCACCACACGAUAUACAUACUUGGUGGUGAUAAGCAGAAAUCUCACAUCAAAACUGAUGAUCCAACAGAAACCUUACAAUCUCAUCUCUCCUCCGGCCCUUUAUUAUGACAUGCCCAGCAAGAGAAUUGAUCGUUACUUGUCCCUUCUUCAUCUGAAAAGCGUCCUCAAUUUGAUUCCUCAAAAAUUGGAGAUUGCCCUCAACUUUCCGUAUGCGGGUCUGGAGCUUGUUUCCCCCCGCCUUGUAUUCUUGAUAGACUGGAAGAUUGUUGUUCUCAGUCCGGUAGACGAAGUAGGGUAGUGGCUCGAGUGUCCGUUUUACUAGAUAUCCGUUAGCCGUUGGUAACAUCAGAAGACCGCGUAGGCCUGGGAGGGGUAGCUACUCGCCUGGAUCAGAUGCAUACUCUCCUCGCAAAGCGCUAGCGGAGAAGGGUGCCAUUCGGGGAAACACCGCAGGCAUUGAGCGGAGAAGCCGCAGAGGAGUGGGUGCGGGAAGCAUUGGUGCAAGUUGCAAAUUGUGAGGGGUACUUGACUACCUCUUGACGACUGACCAGCCGAUUAGGAUAUUGUAUCGAGUAUCCUGCAGGCGGGCUGUGGCGUCUAUUGAGAGCGGCUACAGGAUGUGCGUUUUCAGUGGUAGCGAAGUCCCUGGUGGUAAAAUUCGUCUCGACAAAGCCGUCCAGAAUUUCGGAUAUCAUACACGGAUGUUAUAGCAGAGCCAUUUCGAUCUGCGAGGGUAUUUGCCUGCACGGGACAAGGACAGGUUUUCAACAGCUGUUACCGGAUCACGUGAUAGUUUAACGCGUCAGCCACCCACAUUUGGGGCUUGGUACUGACUUCCGGUUGGCCUACUGAGAGCAAAAAAAAAAGGCAGUCCUUUCCCUUCCCAAAAUCGACCCCUCCAUCGCAGAUAUCUCAACCCACAUCAUCAGCAAAGAACACCAGCGACCGGACUGCAUUGUCAUUAUGGCCCAGAACAAUGCAGAGGGUGCCACCGAGAUGGCAGCGUCCUAUGAUUUAAUCCCCAAAUUACUGCCUCACCUCGACAGACACAUGAUUUUCCCGCUGUUGGGGUUCAUGGGUGAGCAGGACAGGCUAACGGACCAAGAAUUGGCCCAGGCCAGAUACGACCUUCUAAAAAACUCAAACAUGACAGAUUUCAUAUGCGAUCUUUACAAGGAAAUACAUGGCACUGAAGAGGUCCCGGAAGAGCUCAACAAGAGGCAGGAGGUUGUGGAAAAACUGCACGGUUUGGGUGAGAAGAGUGAACCGGUUCUGAAUCUGCUUGGGAACUCGGAGGUCUUGUCAAAUCUAAGGGCAGACAAGUUGCAAAAUUUGCAGUAUCUUCAGGAGAAACAUGAUGUAUUACCACUACUCCCCCCACCCUGAAUAUGUCCCGGGGAGAUGGAAGCUGAUUUCGAGCGUUUGCCCCCGAAAAGGUCACGGUAGAGAUGGUAAACGUGCUUUAUGAUUACGGUCAACACCAGUACAGCUGCGGUAAUUAUGGAGAGGCUUCGGAUAUCUUAUAUCGGUUUCGUAUCUUGGUGUGUUCCUGCUACUUUGAUUCGGCGUCUAGGCUUGAAACGCUUACAUUCAACUAGUCGACAGACAACGAAAAGACUACACAAGCCACAUGGGGAAAGCUGGCCUGUGAUAUUCUCUCGGCAAAUUGGGAGGGUUCCAUGGAGGAGAUUACUAAAGUUAAGGACUUGAUUGAACAAAAGGCAGUUUACUCCCCAUGAAUAUUACACAUCGGAGCUAAUACCACCUAGCUCUACAACAACCCCCUAGGCCAGCUUCAAGCUCGUACAUGGCUAGUUCACUGGACUCUUUUCCCUUUCUUUAAUUACACCAACUACGCAGAUGCCAGGGAAUUCAAAGACCCCAAGGAUUCCAAGGAACCCAAGGAUCCGAAGGACGUGCUUUUGGAGCUAUUCUUUUCCCCGGCUUUUAUCAAUACAAUCCAAACCUCCUGUCCAUGGAUCCUUCGCUAUGUAGCUGCGGCAGUCAUUACCAACCGUAAUCGCAAGAACAACAGCGGCCAGUACCAGAAACAGCUCAAGGACCUUGUCCGCAUUGUCAAGCAGGAGCUAUAUGAGUAUCACGACCCUAUCACCGAUUUCGUCGCAGCGCUCUACAUCGACUUCGAUUUCGAGGAGGCACAACGGAAACUUAGUGAGGCGGAAGAAGUAUUGAAGAGUGACUUUUUUCUUGCGUCUUCUGCUGCUUCAUUUGUCGACUCAGCAAGGCAUUUGAUCUCUGAGUCUUAUUGCAAGAUUCAUCAGCGGAUAGAUAUCAGGGAUCUGGCUCAGCGUUUAAAUCUCACCCAAGAUGAGGGCGAGAAGUGGAUCGUCAACCUCAUUCGCGAUACCAGAGUGGAUGCCAAGAUCGACUAUAAGGAUGUGAACUGACCAACCCCCCCCCAACCCUGUGCAUUUUCUCCGAUGUAAACGCAUCGCUAACACGCUAACUACCACCGCAGGGAACUGUUAUAAUGAACCAUCCCCCGCAAUCAGUAUACCAGCAAGUUAUUGAGAAAACUAAGGGGGGUUUGUUUAGAACACAAGUGCUCACGUGAGUUUUUACGUUUAGUUCUCCGGGGCGCCACGUGUCCGCGAUCCACUGACUCUUAUUUGCCCUAUAGUGCUGCGGUUUCAAAAUAAUUGGUUGUUGCAUCUAUUCCUUUCCUGUAUCUUUGUUCGUGUUCUCUCUUCCAUCUGGCGGGCUAGGGUGGGGUUGUGGUUGCUUUAUGUGAAAAAAGUUUGUGUACUCGUAUGAUAUACUCAUGGACGCCGACAUUGGGGUGCGGGUUUUCUGUAAAUAGAGAGAGGAAUUUACAGCAAAUCACAACCAUUGUCCUCUGGGAUUUCCAAUGCUAUCCGUUCAUGGGAUUCUCACUCGAGCCCUCUCCCGAUUAUCCAUAUUGACGCUCCUUGGCGUGUUUUUUUUCGUAUGAUAGAAAGGUUAAAAUUUAGGGCUAGGGCCUGCCUACCAAGGUGUUGUUGCCGGGGCGACGAGAUGUUUGGGGUGUCUAGCUUGAACCUCAAAUUCACGUCAACCUCACGCCUCUCUUUGCGUGUCAUACAUCCCUUCCCCUAAGACGUCAGCACCUCACGCACCACAGCUUAACGACAAUUUUCCCAGCCCCAGCGUCGAAAGAAAAAAACAGAAAGGAAAAAAAGGGCCUUCUUCCCAGCCCAAGCAACUCUCCCGUGCGAUGACAGUCAACAAUGUCCGUAUCAUUGCCCGGAUCCGUCCGUUGCUAAAGGGGGAGAGUGAGAAGGAUGUUGUGGUAUCUGCCGAAGAGGACGCGAUUUCUAUGCCGAACCCGAAGAAUGAGAAUGAGAAUUUCACAUUUCCAUUUAAUGCUGUUUACGGGCGGGAUUCGGACCAAGCGCAGCUUUUUUCUGAAGGUGAGUUGGUGGUGGUAGUUGAUGGUUUAUUUGGAAUGCCAACCGCUGAUAGCGGAGGGAUAACUCCUAGUAUCGCCAACAUUGAAGCAUCUGUUCAAAGGGAAUGAUGUAACCAUAUUCGCGUACGGUGCGACCGGCAGUGGGAAAACGUAUACCAUGCGGGGACAAAAGGUAGCUUCUGAGCGUGGGAUUAUCCCACGCCUCCUAACGGCAAUAUAUCGUCGAGGGAAGGAGCUCGAGCGCAAAACUGGAGGGGCCACAACCACUCGAGCUAUCAUGACAUACUACGAGAUAUACAAUGUAGGAGGAUCUAGCAGAACAUUUCUUCAACAGAGUGCUUAUGUUCUAUUAGGACCGAGUCUUUGAUCUCUUCCAGCCUCCCGAGAAGCGAACUCCUGCUGGGCUACCCCUCCGGGAGUCGAACGGAAAAACUCAAGUCGUUGGUUUAAUUGAUAAGGAGAUCACCUCGUUGAAGGAGUUCGAGGUCUUGUACGACAGGGCCAAUGCCAACCGUUCGACGUCUGCUACCAAGCUGAAUGCGCACUCCUCUAGGUCCCAUGCGGUGAUAUGUGUCAAUGUUGUGAUUGAGGACAGAAACGCAGGAGAAAGCAAGACGGGGAUUGUCUCGUGUAUUGAUUUGGCUGGUAGUGAAGAUAACAGGCGUACGUGCAAUGACAAGGAAAGAAUGACAGGUGAAUACCCUUUCUGUUACCAGGGUCUGGGUUUGAAUGUUCUUCACUAACGAUAUAUAAGAAUCUGCUAGUAUCAAUAAGUCAUUAUUUGUGCUAGCUCAGUGCGUAGAGGCUAUGACCAAGAAACAGGUCCGACAUCUAACCUCCCACAAUAUAGUCAUUUGUUAACAGUUUUGCAGAGUAGGAUACCGUAUAGAGAGUCAAAGAUGACUCGCAUAUUAUCACUUGGACAAAAUAAUGGCCUUACAGUCAUGAUAUUGAAUCUUGCGCCAACUAGAGCAUUCCAUCUUGAUACCCUAAGCUCUCUAAACUUUGCAAAUCGGACAAAGAAGAUUGAGUUGAAACAGGCAGAGAACGAGCAUUCUCAGGGUAAUAGACCGAGGACCACAGGGUAUCGAAUGGAAAUACUAAAGUUACUAGUUUCCUUCCCAUCACGGCACGACCAACUUCCUCCAAUGCUAAGCCAACAUGGACCCACACGAGCUUUUGGGACGACAAAGACAAACACUGCACAUGUCUCUAACCCUCAAAAGGGCUCCCAGAAGGAUAGAGUACUGAAACCACCAAAUCGGGUGCCUCUAGCACCCCAGCCAUUACGGCAAACUUCUGGAAUCAAGAAACCUAUGCGAUCUUAUGAUAAGCGCCAUCAACUCAGUCCUACAAAUAUUGCAGAUAUUGUUGAGAAGAAGGUAGAGGAAAUAUUAGCUGCUAGAGCACUGAACGAACCAGCUAAAAGGACGGCUGCGGAUGUAAGUGAUGAAGUGAAUAAGAGGCUCGAGCUGUUGGAAAAGAAACUGUAAGUUGAUAACUACGCUAUUAGGGGGGGGAUUGGGUAUUAACUCAAAUUUACAGCGAAAAAAAAGCAGACGCCAAAGCAGAGGGCCUUACCUACAUACUACUUGCUAGUAAGCUCCAUACAUAAUAUCCCCAGCCACUCCAACUAACCGAAAUGAAUAAAUAGAACAGCAUGCGGCAAGAGGCGAAAACUUCUCCGCUCUGAAAAUGUAUGAGCUAGCCGUUCCGUACUUCCCGGAAAACGGCAAACUCCUCAAGAAAAUCUCCGACCUAAAAGACAAAGACAAGAACACCGCGGUUAAGGCCACAAUGCGGAACUCCUCAGGCCCAGCACCAUCCCUCAACACCACCAAUAGAAAAUCCUUGUCCUACUCCUCCGUUCGCCAGGAGGUCUUCGUAACAGAGGAAACAUUCACACAAGCACCUGCGCCGGUGCCUAGACCAAAACCCAAACGAACCUUCGCCGUCUUCUCCGAUAUUGGUAACGACGUGCAGCAACAACCUGCUCAUCGUUCCCUGCUAGCCACCGCCGACAUGGGGGAAGACACCACUUCGGAAUACGAAGACGAUGGAAACGAAGAGGAGGAAUGGUCACCAAACACCCAGCAAACGCCCCGGACAAAGAACCUCUUGAGGAUAAUCAACUCGGAGGAUGUUUCGCAGAUAAUGAAGUUGAAGGUAUGCGACCCACUGCAUCACGUCCAAUCACUCGCUCCAUAGUGAACGUAAUAUAGACUGAGGACCUUGGGGUUUUAUAGGGCGUCGGCAAGAAGCGUGCGGAAGCACUUGCCCAGGCUGUCAGAGAGCGUCGCCAGGCGGGUGACAUGAUGGGCGAUGACGAUGGCUUUCCCGCCAUCAAGGACCUGGAAGAACUCGGGAUGAUAAAGGGCAUUGGGCAAAAUAUGGUUGAGAAUAUGAGGAGUGGGCUUAGUGCUGCUUCCUAGUAUCAUAGUACUGACUCGACCUUGUCCUCCCCCCCCACACUUCCGCGAAUAGAAGGAAGGAAGCAUAGAUGGUAGAAUUUUGUUUAUGCCCUAAGACCGCCCAUAUUUAGAGUUUUGUUCUAACGUUUUUGGGCUCUUGUUGGAGUGCGCGAAUGCAUAUUAGCCGGGUUUGGUGAAUCGGAGUUCUGUCCUGUUUAGUUCCGCUAUUUUUUUAUAGUUAUUUUCUAUUUCCCUUUCCUCUCCUCCCCCUCUCCCCUGUACUGUAGUAAGUUUAGGUUUCCAGAUUCCUUAUGGGUUUGCCCAACAGUGUGUAUCAUACGUUUAGUAAUCGCCCAACGAAUAUUUG